UGUUUCAUGAUUGUACUUCAAACGUUAUCAGUUGUAAAACACUAUAUUCUAAUGUCAACCAAUUCACUAUUAAUGGUUCUCUUAGAUUCGCGAAUGACGAUCCUGUUUUGUGUGUUCUGAAGUCAGUGUUAUUUAAACCCUAUCUGUCGCGUCCAGAUCCUCAAUCCCCUUGCUGUGUACUUGCUAUGUUUAGAGAGACUUUCGUAGGUGCACCAUUGUGGCUUUGCAAGUUACUAGGUAGGAAAGCUUUAGACAGAAAUUGGGUUAAUUUAUUGCCCUAUGGCUCAGAUCAUCCUAGUUCCCGGGUAUCAUUCUAGGACUUAACUGCCAACUAUUAGCGAGCUUAAGGCUUGGAGAGUGGUAAAAAUGGUGGUUAUAAGUUUCGAGGGUUAUCGAACUUCCGAUGGGCGGGGGGGUUUAACCCAGUGUUUAAACAAAGUAGCUGUAUAGUUCCAUUUCUUGACAGUUUUGCAUGGGUUUCGGAGCAAUAUCAAGUUCCACUUAUUUUAAGCGGUUGAUAUCUGUGCUGUCUUCUAAAUUUCUGUUGUCUGUGCUCCUUGGCGUCAAAUUCUCAAUGGGUGCAAAUUCAAAACUACAACCCAGAAUCUGGCGUUUAAUCCUCAUGCUUCUUUCGGAACGUGGUCGGACAAUUAUGACGCACAAAAUGUCGUCAAGCUAGCAUUUCUGUGACUUCUUGAUGUUAAGUGUUGCAAUCUUGCGUUACCCGUGCCAGUGAAUUUCUGGUUACCAGGUUCACUGAUUUAUUCGAGGGUUACUUCGCAAGUUCUAUGUAUCACAAAUUCACGUUUGAUUUCGCUCGCUUUCUUGGCUUUUGCUAUUGAAGGUCUUGAGACAAGUUCUAUAUGGACAAUAUACUACUUUCUCCCAGUUGCCCUUUGUUCUUAUUUUAUUAAGGCGCCUCGUCAUAGGGUACGUAUGUGCUACUUAGGCGUCCUUGUACUGAUCGAUGGAUCUUCUUCACAGGAUGCACUAUUCACCUGCAAUUGGUGAAGGGUUUCUUUGUCUUGUUUUUCAAAUUAUCGCGGGUGUUGGUGAGGAUGAGCUGAAGAAAAUAUGGAAAGGCUUGUUUUAUUGCUUAUGGCACUCCGACAAGGUACAUGUGCAAGCAGAUCUCAUUAAUAAGUUAGCAGGCAUUCUUGAAAGCUUGGAUGCGGAUACAGCUCUGGCGUUCUUCGAGGUUUUCCUCACUACUAUGCGACGGGAGUGGAAUGGAAUCGAUUCGCUUAGGCUGGACAAGUUUUAUCGCCUCUUGAGACAAGUUUUGGUUAAAGUCUUUGCAAUUCUUCAAAGGAGCAACUGGGAUAAGAAAUCUGUCAGGAAAUUCAUGAAUUCUUUGGUUGAAAGAUCACUUCUUGCCAACGAUAAACAUCCAGCUUUGGGCGUGAACCUGCACCUAGUAGACAUCUUUCUACCCGUUCUUCGGAAGUUUCACCCUUUAGAUGCUGACACCUUCAGUCUGAUGCUGCAGCCAUGCUAUGCUACUCUUGGCAGUGCUCCUGAUAAAUCUUUGAUGAAGAGAGUUAAAGAGGGUGUCUUUAUGCCUCUCUUGGAAGAAGCUGUGACUUUUGUGAAAAAUACUCAAUGUGGUAAUGAAGUUGAUGAGAACAGCUUCGGACCACAUGUCGUGUCACUGUCUCUAAGUGCACGCAUUUUCGAACUAGCUUCGUCUGAGACCACUCCUCAAGCUAAUCGCAAGGUUUUUUACGAAAUCCAUGCGGAAUGUACCAAGGUGGACCAGUUGGUUGCUUUUGCAGGUAUUGAUUUGAAUUUCAAGAAGAUUAAGGAUAGCUCUAGCCCUGACUUGAGGAUGGGUGAAGUAGUCGUCAACAGUGCGACCAGGCAAUCGGCAAGACAGAUCGGUGAAAGGUCCAAGAGGGCUUCGGAGAUUUCAGAGAUUGGUGUGGAAAGAAAGAUGAAGAAAAUCAAGGAUGUUCCAAUCCCAACUGCUCAGUCGUCUCACCCUCAGGCAAUUGAACCUGAAGCCUUGAACGUAAAAACCGAGAAAAAUACAAAAAAGCGGACGCUGAAACAGGCUAAGUCAAGGAAUGACAAAGAAAUGGCAAGGGACGCAGGCGGCGAAGCAGCGGAACUAAUUGAUGCUGAAGAUGUCGACUAUAAUCUGAGUUAUGAACAAAUUAAGAAGGUCGAUGUGAAGGAAAUGAAAGCGGCAAAACUGGAAGCCCUUGUUGAGAUUGCUCCAGUCGAAGCUUCCAGCAAAAACAAGAGAAAGGGAAAGAAGAGUAUGGGAAAGGAGAAGGGUAAUCAUGUGCUAGCAGGAGUCGAAACAGACAGGUCACUGGAGCUCCCCGAGCAGAAUUUUGUUGCUAGUGGAGUUAAAGUCGCAAAAGAUGGUUUAAAAGCGCAGCUAGGGGAUACCAAAAGUUCAACUGCUCAGUUUCUUGUGGGAGCUGGAAUGUUAUCGGGGAUGAGAGAUGCGGAUUCAAUGAUGAAUCUCUGUGUGAAAGAUUCUGUAAUAUCGAACCUGGAGCAGAAGUUUGCUUCUAUAGCUGCGGAGUCGGAUCAAGCGGCUGCUUCUAACGAUUCGUCUAGAGAACCGAUCUCUACUGGAUUUGUAGGUAAGAAGAAGCGGAAAGGACCGAAAGCUGCCAAAGUAGCGGAGUCCUUGUUAAGUGCGAACAGUCUUUGUCCAGCACAGUCCUCGAAGUCAAAUGGAGUAGAUCAGAUGUCAGAAUCCAAUUCAACAAAGAAGAAAGUUAAAUUUGUUCUGAAAAAUAACAUAGUAUGGAAGCCAAACAAUCCUCUUCCCCCCCAAUCAAUGCGAACUCCACCAUCAGCUACUCCAAGAGGCAGUGCAUUGAAGAAGGGUGUGCCAGCAGGGCCAAUUCGAGUGGUAUCAUCACGAAAGACUAGUUCAGCCUUCAAGCGACGGUCUCCCAGCCAAACAUUGUCCAUCACGAACCAGAGGUCGGCAAGGUCACGGAAAAGUUUAUCUAAAGGCCCGCGGCUAGCAAGGCGAGUUCGUAAAUCACCAGUGUCUUUGUAGUGGUUAGUGUCCUUAGCUUAGUGGAACUUGUGAAAUUGCCGACAUUUGUAUACAUUCUUUGGGUUGGUUUAGGGUUUUUAAUUUGAAGGAAUUUGCAUUUCUUUGCUUCUAA